AUGGGGUCUCCUGUCCAGAUGCAGAACUAUUACUCCAAUUCCGAAGUAACGCUGGAUACGGCACAAACUCCGCAAAGGCUGUUUGAGGACGACGACUGCGUACUAGACGACAACGUCCUGGAUCAGACCUCAAUGGACUCAAGCCUCGAGAUGUCACCCACCCUUGUUGACAGCAGAAGGGAAUCUUUCGCGGUCUCAACCUCCAUGUUCUCACCCAAGCCCGAGGCCUGGUCUGCUGUCGAGAUGGAGUCUGUGCCGUCCAACAACCCAUUCAUGGAGCAUCAGCACCCUCAGUCCCAACCCCAGCCACAGAACCACAGCAAUAACCCGUUCCUCCGCCUGGACCAGCAGCAACAGCCCCAGCCCUUCAUCUCCCAGCCCACCAACCCUUGGUCCAUGCACAGCCCAGGCGCCUGCACACCUAUGGUCCAGUACGACGGCGUCCCAUCCGAAUAUGACGCCAACGGGGCUCCUCUCUUCCAGCAACGCCCACAGAUGCACGGGCAGGGUGCUUUCAUCAACUCCGCCAACCACGUCCCCUUGUUUCCUCCUCCGAUUAACAGUCAGCCCAUGCAGCAGUCGACCUCCAAGGACGGCUGGAUGUCGACCGUCAAAGACGGCAAGCACAACAGCCCCACGAUCCGGUCGCACAAUGAACUCAGACGAGGGGAUGGGAUCCGCAAGAAGAAUGCUCGGUUUGACAUCCCAGCCGAACGAACACUGAACAACAUUGACCACCUGAUCGCCCAGUCCAAUGAUGAGGCUGAGAUCAAGGAGCUGAAGCAGCAGAAACGUCUACUGCGCAACCGACAGGCCGCUCUCGAUUCUAGGCAGAGGAAGAAGCUGCACACGGAGCGCCUCGAGGAGGAGAAGAAACAUUUCACGGGCAUCAUCAACGACAUGGAGACAGAAAUCGAGCAGCUGCGCGGCCAGCUUGAUCAGAUGUUCCGAGAGAGGCAACAGGAUCUUCAGAUUGUCGAACAGCUCAAAUUUGAGAAAGAGGAGAUGGUGCGCACCCACACCAUCGAGACCGGCGAGCUGCGGAAGAAGGUCAGCGUCCUCACGAGCCACGUGCAGAGCCUGGAAGGUGCUGCCGUGUCUCAGGGUGGCGGCCUACCCAGUCAGGCCUACGCCAACGGAGGCCACUUUGAGACCGACAUGGAUGACAUUGCCAUGGACGGUCCCGAUGGCCCCUGGGAAAGCAUUGGCCUUUUCGGUGCCGAGUUCCCCAUGGAGGAGCCCGAGGUCAAGCAGGAGAUGCAAGUCGUCCCCGCCAAGAAGCAGGAGGUCGCCCUCGCUGCUGAUUCCGAGAAGUCGUCUGCCCAGGGUGGACUCCUCUUCAUGCUAUUCUUGGUCGGUGCCUUCGUUCUGUCCAACAGGCAGCCUAGCAUUCCUCGCGUCUCCGACGAUGUCCGCGCUGCUUCGGCUACUCUGCUCGAGAACGUCCUCAAGGAUGCUGGCGUUUCCCAGCCUGCCUCCGCCAACCUGGACGCUACAGCUUCUCAGCCUACUGGCACGACCUGGGCCGCAGCUCCCACUGCGUCCGUGCCCGCUCUCGGAUGUGGUCUCGACGGUGGUGUCUCUUCUGUGCUCGGUGAUCUGUCCGACAGCCUUACUCGGCCGACGCAGGAGCAGCAGAACGAGCAACUGUUCGGUCUCACCGCAGCGCAGUACGAUGUUGUGCAAUCACAGGAUUUCCUGCAGAACGCGCCUGCGGAGAAACCUACCGGCCCGGGCAGGCGGAAUCUCGCCCAGGCCCUUGCGUCCAUGAAGUCGAACGGCAAGGCUGAGGUAUAUACACGAUCACUCCUGUGGGACCAGAUCCCUGGCGACGUUGUCCGGACUUUCGCAAAAAUGGUGAUUGAGUCCAAUACUCGGGAAGGCGACGCUGAUGCUGACGCCGACGCCGACGCCGACGGUGACAUUUUCGUCGAAACCGCCCACGUUGCCGCCACUACAUGA